AUGGCGGAUCUUUCAAAAAGCACCCACAGAAAACCAAUCAGUCUCAACGACCGCCACUACCGCCUCCUUGAAGACCUCUCCGCUCCUCCCAAACAACCUCCGCCGGCAACACCCUUCGAGGAAGAAGAAGAGAGUGUAUUUAACGUGAAGCUCGAAGGACGACGUCGUAUUUGCAAAGCAGAAGCAGAAGAUGAUAAUAUCCCUAAAUUCUGUGGAAUCACUGAUUUUGAUUCUUCUCCUGAAGAGCAAAAGCCUACAAAGGUUAAGAUUAAAGGAAGGCGGAGACUUUGCAAAGUCUCUUCUGGAGAUAAUGGGGAUGACGAGAGUAGAGACGAAGUGAUAGUUGAUACUAGUUUUGAUGAUAUUGCUGAUUUUAAGUCUCCGAUACCGUCUAAAAGUGUUGCUGAUUGUGAGAAUAAUAGGGGAGUUAAUGAGAUAAAAGAUAUUCUUAAUGAUUUGACCUCAAGGCUUGAUCUUUUGUCGAUUGAAAAAAAGAGAUUGCCUGAAAAUAAUAAUGUGGUUAAGAAAGUUGACGUGGUUGAAUAUGCGAGUGCUGAGUCUUCGUUUUCUUUAUCAUCUGGUCCAUCUGAUUCCUCGUCGGGUGUGAAUAAGCAUGUUGGAGGUGGUUAUGAGAGUGCUUUGGAUGAGAAUGACGAGGGUCUUUUGUUGAGUGACUCUUUUGUUGAUGAGGUUAGUAGUAAGGCCAAUGACAUUAAUAGGGCGCUAGAGAAGAAUGAAUGUGGAAGGGUGGAUGAAAAGUUAGCCCCUGUGGGAAAAUCUUUUGUGUCCAAUGUUGUAGAAGAGGAAAAAGCUGUGCAGAUUGAGUCUGACAAGGAUGACUAUGUCACUAGGGUGGAGAAAACUAAGAAAGUUACUCAAAGAGUGAAAAAAAAUGAACCCAAAUGGUUCCACGAGAGAUUGAGGUCUGUAGGACGGUCUUCUGUGCGUAGUCUUCGAGAUGAUUCAGAAGACGAGAAAGAUGAUUGUGUGGUUUUGACUGGCAAAAAGGUGGACAAGAAAGUUGGGAGACCUGAUGCCAUUGCCAAGUAUAAGGCCUUAUCUGGUGAAUCUAGUGAGACUAAUUUGUUAGACAAUCAUGCAGAUUCAGAGGAUGAUGGUUCCAUUAUCUUGCCUGGACUGGAAUCUACUUACAAAUUACCUGGAAAAAUUGCAAAAAAGUUGUAUCCACAUCAGUGUGAAGGUUUAAGGUGGCUCUGGUCCUUGCAUUGUAAGGGUAAGGGUGGAAUCUUAGGAGAUGACAUGGGCUUAGGAAAAACGAUGCAGAUUUGUAGCUAUCUAGCAGGUCUCUUCCAUUCCAAAUUGAUUAAGAGGGCAUUGAUCGUGGCCCCUAAAACACUGCUCACUCAUUGGAUUAAAGAACUAUCUGUUGUGGGGCUUUCUGGAAAGACUAGAGAAUACUUUGGGACCUCAUUGAAAGCUCGGGACUAUGAGCUGCAAUAUAUAAUUCAGAUAGAUAUCAAUGGGGUUUUGGCAGCAUUUCCCAUUAUUGUUGAUUAUCUUGCUGAUUUUAACAUUUCAUGUUUGUCUGGGUUCAUCUUCUUGUUGCAGGACAAAGGAAUUCUUCUUACAACAUAUGAUAUCGUGCGGAACAACUCAAAAUCUUUACGAGGGGACCAUUACUUUAUUGAUGAGGAAAGUGAGGAUACUUACUUAUGGGACUAUAUGAUUCUUGAUGAGGGACAUCUCAUAAAAAAUCCGAGUACUCAGAGAGCGAAAAGUUUGCUUGAGAUACCAAGUGCGCAUUGUAUUGUCAUUAGUGGCACUCCGAUUCAAAACAAUCUUAAGGAAUUGUGGGCCUUGUUCAACUUCUGUUGUCCUGAUCUGCUUGGUGACAACAAAUGGUAUAAGGAAACGUAUGAGCAUCCCAUACUUCGUGGAAAUGAAAAAAAUGCUUCUGAUCGGGAGAAGCGUAUUGGUUCAACAGUUGCAAAGCUGAAAUGGAAAACUGUAGAAGUGUGGAUAUAUGUUUCUGUUGAUCCAUCAAUAGAAAUCAGUACAGAACUAAGAGAGCGCAUUCAACCUUACUUUUUGCGCCGUUUGAAGAGUGAAGUGUUCAAGGAAGAUGAUGCUACAACUGCUCAACUUUCCCGAAAGAAUGAGAUCAUUGUGUGGCUUAGACUAACUGCUUGUCAGCGGCAACUAUAUGAAGCCUUUUUGCGGAGUGAGAUUGUUCUCUCAGCUUUUGAUGGCUCACCAUUGGCUGCACUAACGAUUUUGAAGAAAAUAUGUGAUCACCCGCUUCUCUUGACAAAAAGAGCAGCUGAGGAUUUGUUAGAGGGAAUGGAUUCCAUGUUAAAUCCUGAAGAUGUGGCUAUAGCUGAAAAAUUGGCCAUGCAUGUAGCUGAUGUUGCUGACAGAACUGACUUUCAAGAGAAGCAUGAUAGCAUCUCCUGCAAGAUCUCUUUUAUAUUGUCACUACUGGAUAAUUUAAUUCCAGAGGGGCACAAUGUUCUUAUAUUCUCUCAAACUCGCAAGAUGCUUAAUCUCAUCCAGGAUGAGAACUUAAAGGAAUCUCUGGUGUCCAAUGGUUAUGAGUUCUUACGCAUAGAUGGGACAACAAAAAUCACUGAUAGAGAGAAAAUCGUUAAUGACUUCCAGGAAGGCAAUGGGGCUCCUAUAUUUCUCCUAACAUCUCAAGUUGGUGGUCUUGGUCUUACACUUACAAAAGCAGACCGUGUGAUUGUGGUUGAUCCUGCUUGGAAUCCUAGCACGGAUAACCAAAGUGUUGAUCGUGCAUAUCGAAUAGGGCAAAAGAAAGAUGUUGUUGUAUACAGACUAAUGACUUGUGGAACUGUUGAAGAGAAAAUUUAUAGAAAGCAGAUAUUCAAGGGGGGAUUAUUUAGAACAGCAACUGAAAACAAAGAACAAAUUCGAUACUUUAGCCAGCAGGAUCUUCGGGAACUAUUCAGUCUUCCAAAGCAGGGGUUCAAUAUUUCUGUCACACAGCAACAAUUACAUGAAGAGCAUGACAGCCAGCACAAAAUGUUCUUCACAUUUGGAGGUCCUUCAUCUUUGAUUCUCCUCUCACCAAGAAACCCAUUAGCGGAUGAGUCUCUGGAAUCCCACAUAAAAUUCUUGGAGACUCAAGGUAUAGCAGGAGUCAGUCACCACAGCUUACUCUUCUCAAAGACAGCAACCGUGCAAGUUGCACAGGAAGAAGAGGAUGAGAUAAGGAAAAAGUUAUCUGCAAUGGUGAGAAAUUCAUCAUCAAGCUAUCAAUUUGAACGCAAUGUUGAUGGGUAUGGCCUUCAAGGGGCUGCCCAUGCUUUCAAUCCCAAGGAUGUAAAUCUGAACAAGAAAACCUCUUCCCCAGAUAGUGUGGGUAAACUGACAGAAUCUGAAAUCAAAGAGAGAAUCAAUCGGCUCUCUCAAAUACUUGGAAAUAAGGUUACGGUUUCAAGGUUGCCAGACCAAGGAUCAAAACUACAAAAGCAGAUUGGUGAAUUAAAUUUAGAGCUCAACAAGCUGAGGAUGGAGAAAGAAACAGAGAGAAAAGGAGUCAUCAGUCUGGAUGAUUUAACUGGGGAAUUUGAAAGAGGAUUGAAUGUAUAG